UUGGUUUGGGAGUUUUGCUUCUGAUUCCCGGCUUUGUUGUUCAGACUCAUAAUUUAUUCAAUUAGUUGUAUAAAACGUAAGAUAAAUUGGAUAUCCCUAAUUACGCUACGUACGGACCGCGUCAAAAAUGCCGCGCAAUCCAGUAAUACAGGUGUACAUAGCAGACGGGUUCGCAGAUGACUGCGAGGAGCUCGUGCACCGCUGCUCCCGAGUGGACCACCUCAACUACCCGACGUUCUGCUCGCAUUACAAGGAGAUGAACUUCGCUAUGGUGUAUCAACACAGAUCAACAAACGCAGAGAUAGGUGAACUCUCUGAGGAACUACUGCAAAUAGCUAAACACUACAUGGUUCGAGAUACAAGCAACUUUGAGGAAUCAGUCGCCGGUCUGUUCAUCGUGUACGCGCUCCUGAACCUUCAGCCCUUCCCUCGCUUCGCGGCGCUCCGCCUUGUGCCGGAUGACCUACCCGCCAUCGCGCGUUUAGAGCGCGUGGCGCGGCGCGACAACCGCCUCGACGUGUUGUACGUGUUGGCGAACGUGCUAGUCCGGGGGCCGGUGCAGUUCCAAGCGGACGCGAGGCCGAGGGGCAUGGAGGCCGCGUACAGGAACAACCUGGAAGGCUUUUGCAACAUUGACGCCCACGGUGUCCGACCUAAAGGCGUAUAUUCGCGUCAAAACGAGGAGUUGGACCUUCUGAGAGACAUGAAUGGCAUCUUCGAGCGCUACUCUAAGGCUAAAGCACAAAUCCCAGGAUUUCAGCGUCGCGAUGAGGCCGGCCGUAACUUGGCGGUGGAGCUAAGCGACUCCCUCAAGAGGGUCAUUAAUGGUAUCACAGAUGAUCCAGAAGGGAGCUCCGUGCUGGACCACCACGACACCGUGCAGGAGAUCAAAAAGCGAGCGAUGCGAAACGCUGUUUCCACUGUGAGACAUCUGGACUCAGCCGAGCAGAGACAGAAAAAUUCUACACCGAAAGUUGGACGCAAACAAGACGGAAAAGGUGCGAAAAGACUAAAAAGUUCAAAAAAAUCACUGAAAAUAAGAUCAAACUCAUGCAGUUCAUCAGAAGAGGACGAAGAUGAUAAAGAUAUAGAAAUUCUAGCAAAAGACGUUAUGAGUCAAGCGAGUUUUAGAGAAAUCAUCAAAGAAAAGGAACCGCAGUUAAAUAUAGAUUCUCUCCCGCGUUUACUAACUACACAAACCGAUGGAAAAUUAUAUGAAAUUGAAAUUAUAGAUGAAAUGAAACGACCAUCGUUACCUGUUUUAAAUAAAAAUGAUGAGAAAAUUGAAAUUGAAAUUAGUGACCAAAUGAAUUCGAGUGAAUCAAUAAAUAGUGAAAGUGAGAGAAAACUCAUUGAAAUUGAAAUCUUAGAUGAAGUUAAAAAUUCAAAUGAUAUAUCGUUUGAAUUUACAGUAAAUGACAGUAGCGUCGAAAUUGAAGUCUCUGAUAAUACAAAAGGACAAAUUGGAGAAGUUAUUGAAACGAAAGAUAAAAAUGAAGAUAAAAUAGAAAAACCCAAGAAAAGAGGCAGGCCGAAGAAAAACGAGAAAAGUCCAAAGAAUGAAGAGAAAAAAACGGAUGAUGAUAUAUUUUUCAAACAGCCUUUAAGAGUAUCCCCUAGACUUAAGACGGUGCUUAAGAGAGACCAGAAGAAAAAUAUAUUAAAAUCAAAGUUUAAAAAAAUGGGAAUGUUGGAAGUAGCUAAUUUUGGAGAGAAAAAGUAGCCUUAUGACAAAUAUUCUAAACUGGCUUUUAAUAUA